AUGCUCAGCUCACUCCUCCGCCGCGAACCCAUCCGCGAAUCGCACAUCGAACACCUCUGUCAGCGGGGCACUCUCCCGUAUCGCGAAACGCUUGCCAACGCAGCUAGCGAAGCCGGAGGAAAACGGGAUGAGCGCGAGUCGAUUGUGAGGGGACUUUGUGCUCGGUCGUGGAGGUUGUCGGUGGACUGGUGGACUGCACCCCAGAUAGCCGACUAUCUCAAUAUCGCAACAUCGCAAUAUCGCAACAUCGCAAUAUCGCAACAUCGCAAUAUCGCAACAUCGCAAUAUCGCAACAUCGUAAUAUUCGAAAAGCACAACAUUCGAGAUGGGGUCAGGGGCCAAGUCGCCGGCGCGAGUCCGGACUCCCAGGCGACCUUUCAAGGCAGCGGCUCGUACGUUUCGACUGGGGCAAGGAGUUCGGGGGAUCAUGUCGCUGACGAUCAACGACGCGACAGCGCAGUCGCAGUUCUCGCUGUCGUUCACCGAUGCGGCGGGUUUCGCUUCCUGACCAUCGUGAGUGCGAGCGCGGACCCGCUGACGAUCUCGAACAUCUCGCUGGCGAUUACGUUUAUGCCCCACUGGGACGCUCUCAGGGCGUACCCGGGCUACUUCUACACACCUGACCCCGGGUUUCACGACAUCGACUUCCUGGCGAAGAUCUUGUACGCCAGCACGUAUACGGUGCAGAACAACACAAUCCCUCCCCGCAUGGUGCGACAGGGGCCGUGGCCCGCAGGAGGUGGCUGGUCCAACGAUGCCUUGGGAGGUUCUGUGACUGGGCCUAUCCUCGUCGAUGGAGCAAAACGCGACAGGAACAUCUGGGCAGGCGACUGCGGUAUCUCCACGCACACGGAACUCGUCGCGCUGAGCGACACGGAGCCGACCAAGAACUCGCUGACGGUGAUGUUCGGCACGCAGAACCCGACCACCGGCGCGCUGCAGUACGAGCCAUGGCACUAG